GCUUCGCUGCGAAUCAUGCGCUGGGAUGCCGGGGUUGCUUCCGCUGUCUGCUUGGCAUUGUUCGCCGUUCUUGUAUCCUUCUACCUUCAGUCUCCUCGCAUUUUAUACAAGUUUAAAAAAAUGGGAAAGUUUUCUUAUCCGAAGGCACAAAGAAAUGAAUCGGUUUUAGACGAUUAUCACGGGAUGAAGGUAGUUGACCCAUAUCGAUGGCUUGAGGAUCCAGACUCAGAAGAAACAAGGGCAUUUGUUGAUGCACAAAAUGAGAUUUCAAAGCCUUUUAUAGAAUCUUGCCCUGUCAGGGAUAAACUUCUGAAAAGGAUUACAGAAGUGUGGGACUAUCCCAAGUAUGGGUGUCCAAUGCAUCGGGGAGAUCAUUACUAUUAUUUCCACAACACUGGUCUGCAAAAUCAGAGUGUGAUGUAUGUGCAAGAUGCAAUUGAUGGAGAGCCACGUGUGUUUUUUGACCCCAACAAACUGUCAGUGGAUGGCACUGUCUCCCUUCAGGGUCAUGCUUUCUCUGAGAAUGGAGCCUACUGGGCUUAUGGACUGAGUGACAGUGGCUCAGACUGGGUCACCAUCAAGUUUCAAAAAGCACCUUCUGGAGAGGAAAUGUCAGAUGUUUUACGACAUGUGAAAUUUAGCAGCAUGGCCUGGACUCAUGAUCACAAAGGACUAUUUUAUAAUCGCUACCCAGAACAGGAGGGCAAGGCAGAUGGUACAGAGACUACCACAAACUUGCACCAGAAAGUGUAUUACCACCGGCUCGGCACCAAUCAAAGUGAGGAUGUUCUGGUUGCAGAGGCACCAGACCAUCCAAAGUGGAUGAUAGGAGCAGAAGUGACAGACUGUGGCCAAUACCUCCUUUUAACUCCAAGAGAAGGCUGUGAUCCUGUCAACCGACUUUAUUAUGUGGACCUUCAGAACCUCAAAGAUGGCAUAAAUGGUCUAUUGCCCUAUGUGAAAGUUGUGGACAACUUUGAAGCUGAGUAUGAGUACGUUGCCAAUGAGGGGACAGUCUUCACAUUCAAGACAAACAAAAAUGCUCCACGCUAUAAGCUGAUCAACAUUGACUUCACCAGACCUGAACCAGAAAACUGGUCAACGUUGAUCGACGAGGAUGAGAGUGCAGUGCUGGAGUGGGUAUCCUGUGUUAACCAGACAAAGUUGGUUGUCUGCUACCUGAGAGAUGUAAAGAGUGAGCUGUUUGUACAUGACCUUGCCACAGGUCAAAGAGAAGCACAGCUGCCUUUAGAUGUUGGUUCCAUAGUUGGUUUCUCAGGCAAACGAAAAGAUAAGGAGAUAUUUUACCACUUCAUGUCAUUUCUGACACCUGGAACUAUAUAUCACCUUGACAUGCAACAGGGUACAUAUGAACCAAAGGUUUUUCGAGAGAUCAGGGUAACUGGAUUUGACGCCAGCAAAUUUGAAACUGAACAGAAGUUCUUCACUAGCACAGAUGGCAAGCAGAUACCAAUGUUUCUCGUUCACAAAAAGGGUUUAGUCCUGGAUGGAAGUCACCCUGUGAUACUGUAUGGCUAUGGUGGAUUUAGCAUCUCAAUAACUCCUUCCUUCUCACCUUCGCGCACAGUUUUUCUGCAGCAUUUGGGAGGUGUCUAUGUUGUUGCGAACAUUCGUGGAGGAAAUGAAUAUGGUGAAACAUGGCACAAAGAUGGAUCUCUAGACAAGAAACAAAACUGCUUCAAUGAUUUCCAGUCAGCUGCUGAGUUUCUGAUUGCCAACAAGUACACAACUGCCAAAAAGAUUACCAUAAACGGGGGUUCUAAUGGUGGACUUUUAGUUGGUGCAUGUUUGAACCAACGCCCUGAUCUUUUUGGUGCUGGUGUGCUCCAAGUAGGUGUGCUGGAUAUGCUGCGUUUCCACAAGUUCACAAUAGGACAUGCCUGGAUCACUGACUAUGGAUCAUCUGAUGAUCCACAACAGUUUCAGUGGCUUAUCAAGUAUUCUCCUCUUCACACAAUACCAAAAGAACCAAAGGGGGGACAGUACCCUGCCAUCUUGCUGUUAACUGGAGACCAUGAUGACAGAGUUGUGCCUCUUCACUCGCUGAAAUUCAUAGCCCAGCUGCAGCAUGUUUUAGGAGAGGCUGAGAGCCAGACAAACCCUUUGCUGAUUCGAGUAGAUACCAAAUCAGGUCAUGGUGCUGGAAAACCAACUUCCAAAGUGAUCGAAGAAAUUGUUGAUUUCUACAGUUUUGUGUACCAGACUAUUGGUCUCACAUGGACAGAUUGACACACAGAAAGCUGCCAGAUCCUCAACUCUAGACUCUAGUUCACUUGUGGGAGAGAACACUAAGCAAUGAGAAUGGCAGCCAUUAUCUUCUAGAAGCAGCAGUGUUUGCAUCAAUAACAAUAACUUAGUCACAAUAACAGUCAUGCUACUGUUUCUUUUCUUUUGACAUUUUUGUGUGGACGCUUCUAUUUUGAAUCUUUGGCAACAAGGUCACAGCAUUUUUGGCAUGAAUAUUUGUGUAUAAUCUGAAAUAAUUUGAAGUAUUCAGAGCAACAAAGACCAUCUUUGGGAGAAGAAAAAAACCACUAUGACUCAACAUGUAUGUGUAAAAUACUUUUUUUGUAUCACAUCUGAUAGAAGUUAGAUUUCAAACAGAGUGUGUGCUAUUUUAUUACAUUUGCAUGUGGAAAUCUUUUAAUGUCAAUCAGGUAUUUUUGUUAUUUUAAAACAAGUUUUUACGUGAGAAACUCAAGACAAGAAAGAGGAGAAGAGAACCACAAUAUGGACAUUUUAUCCAUGCUGACAGGCUAAUAAACCACAUUUUAAAUAUUU